AAUCAAUUGGACGGAUAUGUCUGUGAUGAUUACAAUCAUCAUAGGUACACAAAAAAAAUUAUAUAGUUGAAGAAACUAAUAUAGCUUUGCAAAUCAGGCGCCGCGACACCGGUGACGCGGCGCGUGAAGAUCAAAAGCCGCAUCGCGACCGGCAUCAACUAUCGCCAUCAAACAAGACAAAGGUUGAUCUCGGGCUAUUUUGCAAGGCGUUUGAACCGAUUUCGAAAAGUGCACUAACAUCGAGCGCAUUUAAUGUGAGCCCGGUCUUCGCCAGCAGCGGCGACAGCAUCGACGAAAACCAUAAACCCCCCGGCGCCGAGCCCCCGAACACACGCGCACCGGCACCCCCCGUGAAACAAGCGCCAUGGCGGACGCCGACACUUCCGUGGAAAACGGCGACGGACUGUCCGAAGCCCAAGAGAACGGCGAUCACCACGAUUCGACCACCGAGCUUCUCGACGAAAGCUUGGGCGACGAACACGGCCUCGACGACCCCGAACUGGAAGCGAUCAAGGCGCGCGUCCGCGAGAUGGAGGAAGAAGCCGAGAAGCUCAAACAGAUGCAGAACGAGGUGGAAAAACAGAUGAGCAUCAGCCCGCCGGGCGGGUCGCUAGGCCUAACGCUCGAAGAAAAGAUCGAAGUGGACGCCCGCUCGAUCUACGUGGGCAACGUCGACUACGGGGCGACCGCCGAGGAGCUCGAGCAACACUUCCACGGCUGCGGCUCCAUCAACCGGGUGACGAUACUCUGUGACAAGUUUUCGGGCCAUCCCAAGGGCUUCGCCUACAUCGAGUUCACGGACAAGGAUUCCAUUCAGACGGCGAUGGCUCUCGAUGAAUCGCUGUUCCGCGGCCGGCAGAUCAAGGUGAUGACGAAGCGUACCAAUCGCCCCGGGAUUAGCAGCACUAACAGACCGCCCCGGGGCCGGUUCCGUCGCCCGACGCGCGGCGGAAUGUACUACGGAGGUGGCGGCGGUGGCGUCGGCGGGGGAUACCGUUUUCCCAGGCGGGCUUUUCGACCGCGUCGGGCAAGUUGGUACUACCCGUACUGAAGCCUCCACGUCGUUCACGCCGUGCUGAUGUUUUUGGGCCCGCCGAAAUCGGUCAGUUCCGAUCAAGAAAGAAAAGAAAGUAAUCUUGCGGGGGCGGCGGGGGGCCCGAAGACGCGGGCUGCUGGUCCGAGCUUUAAACGCCGGUCAGGCGUCUUUGCGUGGGCCUGCUGUGUGGAAGAGGAAUGACGGACAAACUUUUUGGGUUUGGAGUUUAUUUUUGAUUUGUUUUCGAUAGAGGGGGGGUGCGCUAAUGACCCUCAUCUUUUCCUUCCCCCCCCUCUGCUGUUCAAUCCUCCAUCGUGUUAUACCGCAUUGGCAGCAUGUUCUGUUCCAUUUUUUUUUUUUUUUUUUUAAGUCAGUUCCGUUCCCUUGGGUGCCCUACACACAUACAAAAAAAAAAUGCACACAUUUAGCUCUUUUCUUCCUUGGUUGUUAUUUUCCCCGUGCUCGGUAAUCCCCAUUUACUUUAUGCUUUUUUUUUUUCUGGUGUAAUGUUAGGUAUAUUUGAGUGUGUUUUGCUUGUUUCUGGGGGGUGGAAAAUCUAUGUUGUUCGGGAAAAACAAAAUUUGCUUCGUUGGGAAAUAACGAAGGGGGUGCAGUACUGCGUGAUGUGCUCCCCCGCUCUGCGUAUUUCUUCCCUGCCAUGUCAGCUGAAGAAAAACUUUCUUUCAACCUUUUCUUGUGUGUUUUGUUUUUGUGGGGAAGGCACCACUCUUGUCCAAUCAAUUUCUGGGCGUCUGCUUUUUUUUUUUUUCAUUUUUUUUUUUCACGUAUGUAACAUCAUUUUUUGAAUGCUAUUCACCCUACACUGACCUUCAGGUGCUGUCACCUUUUUGUGCCCGGAAGGGUGCAAUAUAUGAUACGCUAAAGCUAGAAAAGGGGAGGGGGUCAGGGGACUAUACGGACACCUGCAACAUGCGGCUGAAAUCAUUGGGUGGGAAUCUUAAGAGAUAUGUAACAAAAAAGAGCAAACAGAUUCAAAAAAGAAAAAAAAAACCUUCAUCAAUAGAAGAAUAAAUUACACACAUAGAGAUAUCAGUGUAUGUCUGUCGAUGUUUUAAAUAAAAAAAAAGAGCUCGA